UCGCAAAACUUCAAUCCAGUUUCUGGAUAUUUUCGAUAUGUAAACGCAAUAAUAAUAAAUUAAAAGGCUAUUAAACUUGUGCGAGAGUGUUGUGAUUCGAAACCUAUCAGAGGCUCAAUCGUUUUGUAAAAUGUGGAUAAUCAACGCUAUUGUGGUGCAUUUAUUACUUCUUGGCUCUAUAUUUGUGAUAUACUUUCGCUCACCAAUCAUAACAGGUUUGCAGCCACAACAGCCGAUAGCAUUGGAGCCGCCUGCAAAGCGACUGGUGCUCAUUGUCACCGACGGACUACGUGCGGAAUCUUUUUUUCGUAAUGGUUGCAAGGACAUACCACAUUUGGCUAAAUUAAUGUUAAAGACAAAAGGUUUGGUUGGCAUUUCUCAUACACGUGUGCCAACCGAAUCGCGGCCAGGUCAUAUUGCGCUCAUCGCUGGCCUUUAUGAAGAUCCAUCGGCGGUGACACGCGGUUGGAAGCGUAAUCCUGUUGAUUUUGACACCGUUUUUAAUCGAAGUAGUCACACUUACGCGUGGGGUGCUGCAGAUGUGCUACAUAUCUUUUCACGCAUGGGUGGCAUAGAGAGCGAGCAGCGAUUACUCAUUGACGCAUAUGAUCACGAACUUGACUUCUCCGGUCGCGAUAAAACUUAUAAACUAGACGAAUGGGUAUUUAAACGUGUACGUCUACUACUCGCUCGAAAAGAAGUAGAGCUACGUGCGGAGGAAAAAGUUAUAUUCUUUCUACAUUUGUUGGGGCUAGACACUGCCGGACAUGUGCACAAGCCUGGUACGGCAAAUUUUCUAGAGAACUUGCAUCUCACUGAACGUGACGUAUACAAGUUUUACGAGGAAUUCGAACGUACUUUCCCUGAUGGGCGUACAGCAUAUGUGCUAACGUCUGAUCAUGGCAUGACCAAUGCGGGAUCUCAUGGUUCCAGUGAAGAUUUCGAAACGCAAACACCUUUCUUCCUUUGGGGAGCUGGUAUUGCCAGUAACGCAAGCUUUGAGAAUGAGUUUAAAAUCGGCGAAGACAUAAUACGCCCUCUUCAUCAUAUGCAGCAGGCGCAAAUAGCUCCAUUAAUUGCAGCUUUGAUUGGGGUUGCGCCACCAAUGAAUAAUAUUGGCAUAUUACCACUACGGUUCUUGAAUGCCUCGGCAGAAUAUCAAGCACAUGCCGUACACAGUAAUACAUUGCAGCUUUUGGCACAAUUUGAAGUAUUAUUGGAUACGCAUCGACAGGGCCUCUUCUCACGUUAUCUACUACGAUAUGAUAAACUUGAUACAAAAAUAAUUGCUCAUUAUGUAGAAAACACAGAUACAAAACUACGAGUUGGCCAAUACGAAGAUGCCAUACACAUAAGUUAUGACGUGAUGCAGCUUGCCUUGGAAGGCAUUGAGUACUAUCAGGGUUAUUAUCGCAUUCCAUUACAGAUAAGUACAACCGCAACAUUUGUUGGUUGGAUAAUUUAUUGCCUACAGUUGCUGUUGGGGCAGCGACAAGAAGUGAAGCAUAUUAAUUGGCGCUGGUCGCUUACGUUUGGUCAACAAUUUACCCUGCUUGUGCUCUGUGCGUUGCUACUGUUGCAACGUAUACCAUUUGUUAUAGCUUUCUACUUACUGCUACCUUUAUUGGUUUGGCAGUUGUUGGUGCAGAAACAAGGUGUUUCACUACUGCCGUUAAUACGUGCCAUGCCGCUUAUUCAAUUGUUAGCACUAGUUUUGUGCGCCGAAUUGUUUGUUUACAGCUUCUUUGAACGCAAGUUUAUUUCACUGGGUUUUCUGAUUUACACACUAGCCAUUAAUUUUCGCACAUUUUCCGCUAAUAAUACCAAACUAUAUGUUUGGCUACCAUUAAGCAUAGUGUUAGCCAUAUUUCCACUGCUACCGCCUUCAGUUGGCUAUGCAAAUACAUGGCUGCUGCUGUUCGGCAUGCUUGCGACAAUAAUGCGCCCGUUCGUUGUUAAAUCUCAUUUGCAUUGGCAUAUUAAAUUACCCGCUGCCGUCUGUAUUGUCAAUGCACUCUUAGUCAGUUACUGGCAUUCACAACAACAAGGUGUGCCCUUCUUAUCGCAAGCACUUUCAUGGAGUUUCCUCAUAUACACUUUCUCAGUAAUUGUUAUUCAUAAAACAACUGUGUUAAAGCAACGCAUUGAGCUUAUAUUCUUCUUGCUUACCUCACUUUACGCGCUACUCUGUACAUCAUACGAGGCUCUUUUCGUAGUUAUGCUUGCAUCCGAAUUAAUGCUUACACUAUCAGUGCAACCAAUGCAGUUGCCUAUAUCCUACAAAUUGGAUGCGUACCUUGUUAAAGGUAAAAAAGGGCAUUUAACACCACAGCAGUUACAAGCGGCUUUAAAACUGUCUUUUGCCAUACUAUUGUAUACGUUAUUCUCCUUUUUCGGUACCGGCAACAUUGCAUCGGUUAGCUCUUUUGACCCGAACAUUGUGCGUUGCUUUUUGGGCACUUUUUCGCCAUUCCUCAUUAUGGCGUUGGUCAUUUUAAAGCUAAUCAUACCUGUAGUGUUAAAUAUAUCGAUUAUUUUCGGUAUGUCGACAUUUGCGCGCACUAAUGAGCAAACAAUAUUCGUUUGUUUGAUGCUAAUCUGUGAUGUGAUGGGUUUGAAUUUUCUCUUUUUGGUGCGCAACGAAGGCUCUUGGCUGGAAAUCGGCACUUCUAUUUCACACUUCGUCAUUAUGGAAGUGACGACACUGGUGCUAGUGGUUUUCACUUACUUCUCCAAAUUGCUGCUGCGUUUAAAUGGGAAAGUGCAAAAUGUAGAGUAAAAAAUUUACUAGUUAAUUAGUUUUUGUUCUUAAUUUCUUGUCUCAACUUUAAAGUUGACUACUGCAAAAACCAAAAACCAAACGAAUGCUGUGUAUAUAAUAUUUAUUCCACAUUACAAUUAAAUUUUUGAUACUCGUACUAUUAAAAACUUAAAAUAAAUUAGUUACAUAUAGUACAUACAAGACGUGGCUAGAACUAAGUAUUCGCAAGUAUGUAUAUGUAUGUGUAUGUAGAAUAUAUUUAACUUAAAACCUACAAGUAUUAGCAUAAAAAGAAGUUCGGACCUUAAGCUAAGCGAUAAAUAUUUAUGUACAAAAUUUUAGUGUAAAAUACAUACAUCGAGCUACCUGUGCGGUAUGAUUACUUUAAA